AGUUGGUGGGGACAAGUGGCUGGGGGGAGGAGCGGGAGCCGGAGCUGGUUCCUUUCUCUCUCCUUCCCCGCCACACUCCGGCUCUCUCUCGCGCACUCCCCAGGUCUCUCCCCGCGCUCUGUACACACGCGCGGCGCCCGCCCGCCUUCCUUCCCUUCCUCCCUCCCGGCCGGGUCGGGCUCGCGGGCUCAGCGGGGGGUCCCUCCCCCCCGGGGCGGGGCUGGGGGGGGCGCCGGCGGCCCCCGGGCGGGAUGUGGCGCCUGGUGCCCCCGAAGCUGGGCCGCCUGUCCCGCUCGCUGAAGCUGGCGGCGCUCGGCAGCCUGUUGGUGCUGAUGGUGCUGCACUCGCCGUCGCUGCUGGCGUCCUGGCAGCGCAACGAGCUGGCGGACCGGCGCUUCCUGCAGCUCAAUAAGUGCCCGGCGUGCUUCGGGACGAGCUGGUGCCGCCGCUUCCUCAACGGGCAGGUGGCUUUCGAGGCGUGGGGCCGCCUGCGCCUGCUGGACUUCCUCAACGUGAAGAACGUGUACUUCGGGCAGUACGGCGAGCCCCGCGAGGGCGGCCGCCGCCGCGUCGUGCUCAAGCGCCUGGGCUCGCAGCGCGAGCUGGCGCAGCUCGACCAGAGCAUCUGCAAGCGGGCCACGGGCCGGCCGCGCUGCGACCUGCUCCAGGCCAUGCCCAAGACGGAGUUCGCCCGCCUCAACGGCGACGUGCGGCUGCUCACGCCCGACGCCGUGGAGGGCUGGUCCGACCUGGUGCACUGCCCCUCGCAGCGCCUGCUCGACCGCCUGGUGCGCCGCUACGCCGAGACCAAGGACUCGGGCAGCUUCCUGCUCCGCAACCUCAAGGACUCGGAGCGGAUGCAGCUGCUGCUCACGCUUGCCUUCAACCCCGAGCCGCUGGUGCUACAGAGUUUUCCAUCCGACGAAGGCUGGCCAUUUGCAAAAUACCUUGGAGCAUGUGGAAGAAUGGUGGCUGUAAAUUAUGUUGGAGAAGAAUUAUGGAGCUACUUCAAUGCACCCUGGGAAAAACGUGUCGAUUUGGCUUGGCAGUUAAUGGAAAUUGCGGAGCAGCUUACCAACAAUGACUUUGAAUUUGCACUCUACCUCCUAGAUGUCAGUUUUGACAACUUUGCAGUUGGUCCUAGAGAUGGGAAGGUGAUCAUUGUAGAUGCAGAAAAUGUUUUGGUUGCAGACAAAAGAUUAAUUAGACAAAAUAAACCUGAAAACUGGGAUGUAUGGUAUGAAAGCAAGUUUGAUGACUGUGAUAAAGAAGCUUGCUUAUCAUUUUCAAAAGAAAUUCUUUGUUCUCGUGCCACUGUGGAUCACAAUUACUAUGCUAUUUGUCAGAACCUCUUGUCUAGACAUGCCACCUGGCGUGGUACUUCUGGAGGACUACUUCAUGACCCACCAGGCGAGAUUGCCAAAGAUGGCCGAUUGGAGGCCUUGCUUGAUGAGUGUGCCCACCCAAAGAAGCGAUUUGGCCGAUUCCAAGCUGCAAAAGAACUGCGGGAGUAUUUAGCACAAUUAAGUAACAAUGGGAGGUAGUCCAUGCCAAUUUUCUUCCCUCUUUUUUCCCUUUGACUAGCACUGGCUAAAACUGAAGAUAUCACUCUAUGGGGAGAAAUGAAAUUUGCAAGUUACCUUCAAAAGAUAAAUUUAAUCUAGUAAAUAUACUAUGUUAACAUUCAUCAAAUGUGGCAUUUCAAAGAUAAUAUGAUGCUUCUCUGCAAACAAAUGUAUAUCUGUCUUAUGAAGAUUUGAGCUACCAUCGACUUUCUCCCCUGAAUAUCUGAGGGAUGGAUCAGCAAUUGUAAAGCUAUUGGAGGUAUCUGAUAGCUUAAUUGGCUUGUGUAUCAAAGGGUGCUUGACAUAACCUGCAUUAGUAUCACAAUUUUGUGAAGCUCUUGCAUUUACUUGGAAAGUCAAGUUAGAAUGGCCUGUUUUAUAGGCCUCUUUUCCUCCUGAUAGGUGGGAGUUUUUUUUUCUUCUACUUUAUGUUCACCUUAUUAAAUUUAUAUACAUGCAGCUAAAUGUAGGUGUUGCAUUUUUUUUUUUUUAAUUUAACUGGUUUUCAUUCAUUGCUGUGUGGUUCAUAUUUACUAUGAGGGCAGGAUUCCCACGUUUACUGUCUUUCAACUGGAUAUUAUGUAUAUGCCAGUUGCUUUUUGGUUUUUAAACAUUCUAAAUAUGUUAGGAACUUCUUAUUUCUUUCUUGUAGUUCUGUCGUUGCAGCUUUCAAAAGAACGCUUCAGGUCAAUUAGUAGUUAUCCAGAUUUCUACCCACUAUGCCAAUAAGUAUAACUGAGCAGGGAGUUCUUGGCAUAUGUUUCAAAAUGUCUAAGUUAGAUUGACUAGAGGCUUUAAGAAAAGCUUAGUAGGAAGCUACAUUUUAAGAUCUGCUUUUGGCAGGGGAGGGGAAAACCCUGAAAUUUUGUUUUUAUAAAGGUGAAUUGGUACAUUGGAGUAAAUAAAGCAUAUGCCAAAGAAACAUUAGUCCCUAGGCUAGAUUUUAAAAAGCAUUUUCGAGUUCUUUAGCCUGACUAACCCUAGAUUCAUUAGCCUCCUAGCUGUUUUAUUUUUAAGAUGUAAAUUUUCUUCAUUCCUUAACUUUUGGUAACUGAUUGCAAAGUUAUUCUAGGGCUGUACAUUUUAGGGUAAUUUUGGUCAUUUGUAUUUUGUUUUUGUGCACGCAAGCAAGUGCUCGCGCGCGCGCGUGUGUGUGUGUGUGUGUGUGUGUGUGUGUGUGUGUGUGUGUGUGUGUGUGUAUUUCCCCAAGUUAACAAGAUCAUUUAAGUUUAUCAGUGUUUAAUGUUUACCUAGUUCAGGAGUAGUAGGCAGGAGGGACUGAUGUAAAUUUUUACUCCAAGGAAGACUGAACUUGAGUGUAUGGUUUGGGCUAUUCAGCCAAUCUGCCUACUCUCUCAACUAUGGUAUUCAUUGCUCAUAUGCAAGGAUGAUAGCUCCUUAUAUCACAGAUGAUAAUGCUGUGUGGGUCAUUUAAGACUGAUAAUCAUGCUGUAAGUUGCCUACCGUCAGUGUAGGUAAUUUUAGCUCAUUUCUGUUUACAGUACAAUUUAGUACAGUGUCUGAUAUAAGAUUGACCUUAUUCUAAAUAAAAAAAAGUGAUUGAAAUAUGCACAACCAAAAUAACUUUCUUGAAAAUCACAAGAGCUUGGUUUUUGCAUUUUUAAACAAUUAUCAAUAGAGCUAUAAUAAUAAUGAAACCAGUAGCCACUGUGUUUUUUACAGUAGCAAAAGCAUGGAAUUAAACCAAAAUUAUGGCUUCAUGAUGGAUUAUUUUGAGUACUGUAUUGGAAAUUUCUUUCAAACCAAAUUAAGAUUUUUUUUUCCUUUUUAAAGAGCAGGGUGAAAUAGAGUUGAUAGUUCUGAAAAUUUAUUUAAACAUGAGAAAUUAGAUUAUAUUUGCCAAAUAUGAAAUGUGUAUAGAUCAUGCAAGUCAUUUAGAGUUUGUUUUUUUAAAUGUCAUAAUCUAGCUCUAUGAAACAUUUUUUAAUUGGAUAAAAUAAUUUAAAAGCUGGUUUUGCAAAUUCUAAAAGGUUUUGUUAUAAGUAAAUUUACUUUUAUCUAUGGCAGACAUUUAUCCAUACUCAACACUUUGAAAAGCCUUCAAGUAACAGCUACAUUCUUGAAACAAAGCACCUUUUUUUAUUUGAACACAUUCAUAUCACAAACCUUAGAAUACCAGUGAAAAUCAGGAACAAAAGACCUUGACCUGACAUUGAAAUUGAUGUUCAUUUUACUUUUUUCUCCAUGUUUGAUUUGAAUGUGUGGUUACUGAAUGGUAUGAGAACACUGCCUGCAAUGAUCAGUAGUAAAGGUAGUUUUUCAUAACUGCCAUUUUUCCCUUUUAAAUUUGUUGUGGAACUUAGUUCCUUUGAAAUAGGCUGAUAAAGCAGAUUAUGGAAAGAAAUUGGAAUUUUAAAACUAUAGGGAACAACUUGUAUGUGAAAAGCAAUAAAUAUUUUGUUCAAUUUGCACCUAUCAGAUAUUUAUUAUACAACAGCAGUUUAUAUUUUUAACCAUUGCCCAUUAAUAGACAAACUCGGUAAAAUAUUUUUGAAUGAGACAUUUGGGAUUUGUAUGUGCAUUAAAAUUGUCUUUUGUACUGUAAGUUACUGUUUAAUUUCAAUAUUUUACCAGAACUGUCUCCCUGUGCCUUUAUAUUACAAAGUUGUUUCUACAACUUUUAAUGAUCUUAAUAAAGAAUACUUUAUGAAUCUCA